UUCCCUUUCAUCAAAAUGUGUCUAUAACUGUCAACUGAGGUUACACGUCAGACACAAAUUCGUCUGAACUGUAUGGGUCUUACAUUCACCACUCCCUGCAGACCGACACUCUUUACUUCAUAGUAAUGGAGCCAACAACAAUCAGAGAAGGAUACCUCGUGAAGAAGGGCACUGUGCUGAACUCAUGGAAGGUGUUGUGGGUGGUGUUAGCAGACGAUGCCAUUGAGUAUUACAAGAAGAAGACAGACAACAGUCCGAAGGGAAUGAUCCCUCUGAAGGGUGCGAAACUGACCAGCCCGUGCCAGGAUUUCACUAAAAGAUCGCUAGUGUUCAAGGUCAGUACAGCUAAGAACCAGGACCAUUUCUUUCAAGCGGCCCACCUCGAGGAGAGGGAGCUCUGGGUUAAAGAUAUCAAGAGAGCCCUCACCUGUUUACAGGGAGGCAAGAAGUUUGCCAGGAAGUCAACGCGCCGAUCCAUUCGCUUACCAGAAAAUGUCAACCUGAGUGAGCUCUAUGUUUUAAUGAAAGAUCAAGACAGUGGAGUUAAAGAGCUGAAGGUAGAGAAGGAUAAACGGCUGUUCAAUCACUGUUUCACAGGAAACUCAGUGAUCGACUGGUUGAUUUCUGAGGGGAAGUCCAGAAACAGAGCCGAGGGCCUGAUGCUGGCCUCCGGACUGCUGAACGAGGGAUUCCUGCUGCCCGCCGGAGACGUGUCCAAAGACGGCGCAGAAAAAGGAGCCGAAUGUGUUUUCCUGGAUCAAAUCGAGGCUCUUUAUUACUUUGCAGAUAGUGGUUUCUUUUGUGAGGGUUACUCGAGCGAUGAGGACGUGAUCUUGAAGGAGGAGUUCAGAGGGGCCAUAGUCAAACAGGGUCUUCUGCUGAAGCAGGGUCACCGGCGAAAGAAUUGGAAAGUCAGAAAGUUUAUCCUUCGAGAUGAUCCUGCUUAUAUCCACUACUAUGAUCCCACCAAAGGCGAGGACGAUCCUCUCGGCUCCAUUCAUCUGCGUGGCUCAGUUGUGACGGCGGUGGAAUACGUCCCUGACGCCAAGAGGCAGGAGGUGGAUGGGAAUCUCUUUGAGAUCAUCACGUCAGAUGAGGUACACUACUAUCUGCAGGCAGCUACAGCCGACGAGCGCAAGGACUGGAUCAGAGCCGUACAGAGCGUCGCCAAGAUGGGGAAAUAACGGUGGUCUGGAGAACAGCAAACACACCUGAUAGAGACUUGUUUUGUCCGCCCACUAAAUAUCCUAAAAUCUCCUCUUCAGCAUUUUCUAAAAAAAAAAAUUCGAUUUCGUUGUUUCUUCACCUUCCACAUUUGCACAGAGCGAGAGGCUUUCUAACAAUCAUGUGACAUGGGUUUCUCAAUUUAACACAAAACAAAACCCUCCCACUGAGUUCGAGACAGGAUGUGGGUGAAAGGUUUCACCAGAAAGUGGUGUGAAUGGCAUUGAUCUGGCCGUCCUGAGCUGUCCUGCAUUUUCCUGUUCUCAUUUCAACUUCUCGUUUCUGUUCUUGAGUGGGUUUAGAUUUAGAGAUGUGACCGUCUGAUAGGUGAGGUGAUGUAACGGUCUCUAGAUAUCACAGCUCUACCCUGCUCACUGUCCUGAUCCUCAAACCUACAGCCAGAUAUACUUCAGGAACAUUCUGAUGUUAAUAUAUACACUGUAUUUUAUUACACACAUCUAUUACACAAUACAAUAAAAACUAUAUAACACCUUUAA